UGUGUGUUUCCUGUUGUGUGACUGUUGUGUCACAAUGUUUGGAGAGAGGAGCAGAUCUCUCUGAGUGAAGUCAACUCUCUGAUCACUUUAAUCGGAUGGUGAGCUGACACAGAUAUGGCCGCUGCAGGAUUGUGUUGUUCCAGGCCGGAGGAACCGAAGGCCCUGAUGAAGAUGGGUCUGUGCAUGGUCCUCAUCGGUCACGUGAACUUCCUGCUGGGAGCGCUGGUGCACGGCGUGGUGCUCCGACACGUCAGCCUCCACAAGCAGGCCGGGGCCAUGGAGUACGCCAUCUCCAACGUGGUGGCUCUCACCUCCGGCCUGGUGGGAAUCAUUGUUGGCAUCCUGGCUAUCGUCCUGUCUAAGAACAAGAAGAGUAGAGGCCUGACGUGGUCACUCUUCACAGUCAGUUUGUUGGCAGCUGUCAUGGCGGCGGCUUCAGCCGUCGGACUCCUCGUGUCCGUGGUGAGGGCCAUCAUUCAUGGAGGGCGGAGCCUCCUGACUCACUGCCGCUUCCCCGAUGCCAUCGGCUACUCCAGCAUCACCAACGAGUGUCCUUUUGACCCCACGCGUAUCUACAGCACCACUCUGAUCCUUUGGUUGCCUCUGAUCGUGACUUGUAUCACCCAGAUGGUGUUUUCUGCCCAGUGCUUGGCCGUCUGCGCCUCCUUCCUGGGCCUGCCCUGCUGCCGGAACAAGAAGAAACCAAAAGACUAUGGCAGAGCGAUCAACGUGGUGAGGCCGAUGGAGGCAGAAGCUGCUCCCUCUCGCUACACAGAAUCACCAAGCAGCUCCAGUGAACCUCCAUCGCACUAUACCGAACCUCCUAGAAGAGGCUAUAGCCAACCUCCAAAGCCGAACCCUGCUCCCUCGAGACAGCAGCACAGACCUCCCCCUCUUCAGCAUCCUCCCCGUCUGUACCAGAGUCUUCCUCCAUCGGAGAGGCAGCCCCUUCGCCAGCCGCACAGGGAAAGGUCAGACAGAGAGCGGCCGGAAACGAGGGCUGGCAGCCAGCAAGCGGCACCGGAGCAACACCAGCUGCUGGAGCGGGGCACAAUGGAAAGGUCCAGCUUCUGGAUUUAGCCACAUUUGACAGGUGGGAGCUUCAUGAAGAAGAAGGGCUGUGCGUCUAUGCACUGCAGCGUCCAAUCGCAUACACUGUUUUCCUCCUCAAAGCUACAGACUCUGACUGAGGGUGUUUUUUAUUUAGCAGUGCACCGGACCAUCGUGAAUCUGAUGCAUGAAAUGUCUGCAGCUCAGAGGAUCUUUGCACUGUGUGUGUGUGUGUGUGCGUGUGUGUGCUCUUUACGUGUUGUGCUUAUGUUGGCCAAAUUAUUCAUAACAGGAUAGAAAGAGGAGACAAAUCCUCUAAAGUCAGGACAAGGUGCCAAUUGUUGCUUUUACGGUGAAGAAAUAUUUCAACACUUUGGGAAUUGACCUUUUCUCUGUCGUUAGGAUAUAAUUAACUUGACCUGAAGUUGAAUUAUUGCUUUAAUGUGGAGAUUAAUAUGGAUGAUGGAGGCCAGUGAAAUGUCCAACACAGAAUACACUGUAUGUUUGUGGGCAUGCCUUCAACCUUUAAGAAAAGUGUGUAUGUUUGGGUGCGUAGAGUUUUCUGCGGUCAACAAAAAAACAGUUUAAUGAGAAACUAGCACUGCAAGAUUUUGUAUUUAUUGCCUGAGUAAAUAAAGUUUUUAUUCAAAAAUAA